AUAAAUAUUAAUAUGAAAGCAUUUGUGACAGCAAUAGUGAUCUUUUAUGCAUUGAUUGGCUCAACUUCAGGAGCCAUCUUCUUUAUAAAUCCUUCCACAAGGAUCGAGAUCACUCUUGAUCAAACCAGAAGCAAUCUUCACUUCAACAAUACUCUAACUGCAGGUCAUUUCCUUGGGCUCGGAGUUCAGAAUUCUCCAAUUGAUGCAGAUCUCUAUGGAGAUCAAUUUGCCAGAGUUGAAGAACACACCAUUAGCCACUCGCAUUUCGAUGUGUUCAUAUCCGAGAAUGGAGAAGCUCACAAUUACACAGAAAAUGCUUAUGAAGGACAUAGCUACAUCUUUUCUGAUCCUUUUUGCAAUUCAGCUUUCUUCAGGCCUUUAAAUUUGGUAAGAGAUGGUAGAAAUCAGACCCUGGAGUUCGAUAUAAACUACAACAUGACUUACGUGUAUGAAGAGCAGUAUUAUCAAGAUAAAGGAUUUGCCAACAGAGGAUACUUCAUCAUGAGACUUGAUUCUGAAUCAGGAGAAGUACUAAUCUCUGGAAAAGUUCAUCAAGAAAACAAAGAACAAAUAGAAAAAAUAAGCAUCUAGAUGCUAAAUUACUCCAUCCAU